ACUCGCUGUAAAAUACUAUCUUUGGCAUAAAUUACAUGCGUGUAAGCAUACACUACAUUUGUGGAAAAAAUGGCAGCUGACGAAUAGAGAAAAGUGUCUGGAUCCUCAGUCGAUUUAACCAGAGAAAGACGGCACUUAACAGAACUACACAAGCACAAAGGCACACUGGGUCACUACCAUACACUUCGACUGUGUCACUGUUCAUCAGUCACCAUGGGCAAAACACCAAUUAAAGAUCCGAAAGAUGGCAAAAAGGAGAAACCAGGAAAGACCGUUCCACCAACAGGUAUAACUCCCUCAGCUCCUAAAGAUACCUUUAGCUGGGAAGAAUAUCUUAAAGAGACAUCUUCUAUACCUGCUCCACCAAGCUGUUUUCGUCAGGCUCGAGUUCCCCCAUCCAACGACUUCAAGGUGGGGAUGAAGCUUGAGGCCCAUGACCCUCGCAACUCCACAUCAGUUUGUAUAGCCACGGUUAUGGGUCUAACUGGGGUUCGUCUUCGGCUCCGCCUGGAUGGGAGUGACAACAGUAAUGAUUUCUGGAGGCUGGUUGACUCCUCAGAUAUUCAGCCCAUUGGAACCUGUGAGAAGAAUGGAGAUAUGCUGCAGCCUCCCCUGGGAUUUCGGAUGAACGCCUCCUCCUGGCCUAUGUUUCUCUUGAGAACAUUAAAUGGAGCAGAGAUGGCACCAGCAACAGCUUUUAAGAAGGAGCCUUUGAGGCCUCCUCAGAACAACUUUAAACCAGGCAUGAAGCUGGAGGCAGUGGACAAGAAGAAUCCGUACCUCAUCUGCCCCGCUACCAUUGGAGAGGUGAAGGGUGAUGAAGUAUUCGUCAUGUUUGAUGGCUGGCGAGGCGCUUUUGAUUACUGGUGCAAGUACGACUCCCGAGACAUCUUCCCUGUCGGCUGGUGCUCCCUGACUAAACACAGCCUCCAGCCACCAGGCAACAGUGUUACCCUGCCUAAGAGCCUGCAGAUCCUCACGGCGUCACCCUCCAAGCCCAACAGGCGGUCCAUGCAGUCCCCAUACCGACUCCCCAACCCUCUGCCCCCUCUGCCCGUCAGGAAGGGGGUCCGAGGCCGUCGACCCAAGAGUGAGACCAUCGCUCUCCUCAAAGCCGUGGCUGAGGCAGCUGCUGCCCAAAAUGACACCGUACCUGAAGACACACAGCUGGAACCUCGGCCCCACAAGAAAAGGGGCCCCAAGCCCGGAAGCAAGAGAAAGUCCAAGAUUUUCCAAAGCACCACACAACUGCCCAGCAUCCAGGUCCCACAAGAGAGUCCACCCAGUCUUAACUCUGUGGUUUCAACAGUGUGUGUGUACGUGAACAAGCAUGGUAACUGCGGUCCCCACCUGGACAGGAAGCAGAUGCAGCAUCUGCCAGAUCACUUUGGCCCUGGUCCAGUGAACGCUGUGCUGCAGCAGGUGGUCCAGUCCUGUAUAGACUGUGCAUACCAGCCCAAAGUCCUUCUCAGUGCACUGCAGACCCACUCAGGGGGAGGCGAGAUCGUUCGAGUGAGAACAGAUGGUGGAGUUUGUGUGGUCAAACUGCCCUCAGCGUCCAGUGCUUCCUUUGUGCUGCGGUUCUUGGAAACAAUGUGUCGUCACCUGCAAUGCGACAACCUGUUCAGCAGCCAACCGUUCAGCCACUACACUGCGUACGACAGGACAAAGUCAGUAAAAGAAGAGGCAUUGGACAUUCCUUCUCUGGCUCGAGGCAGUAAACGGAGUCUCUCUGGAGUCUCUCCACCAUACGCAGCCCCUUUGUCACCCAAACAUUUACGUACCGAGGCCCACCCUUCAGAAGCAGAGACCCUGCCCCAUGAAGAGAAUGGCCUAAUAAAGGAGCAGCGUUACAUGGACUCGGCCUCAAACUCCAUGACCCCUCGACCCCAGACAGCGAGGAGUUCCUCCGAGUACCACUCCCAGGCCAGCAGCCUCUAUCACCACGGCAACGCCACACCCAUGCGCCGCCUGUCCUCAAACCCUGCAGAGCUCAGCUCCACACAGCCCCUAAGAAGAGUUGAAGCAGCCAGUUCUACUACAGGUCCAGAGGUGUCUGAGCGGGAGCAGCAUCCCAGUAAAAACCCAUCGUCCUGGACCAUUGAAGAGGUCAUGCAGUUUGUGAGGGAUGCUGACCCCACAGCGUUAGCUCCACAUGCAGAACUAUUCCGAAAACAUGAGAUCGAUGGAAAAGCCCUGAUGCUGCUCCGGAGCGACAUGAUCAUGAAGUACAUGGGUCUGAAGCUGGGGCCUGCGCUGAAGUUAUGCCACCACAUCGAGAGGCUGAAACAAGGCAAAGUGUAACAGGAAACACCGCCACCAUCUGUCACAGACUCAUGAGCAAUAAGCCUCCGGAGGGUCGGCGCCGGGACACCGGUCUCCACCGCCGCCACCGGCCACACCGAGGCUACGUGUUACUUCAGACUCCACCUCGAGGGACUCAAUAGAUGUUACAACUUUCGGAGUGGAGAAGUGUGCCGUGCAUUGCUGACACAUUACCUCAUCCCCUCAUCCGUGAACAAAAAGCUGUUCAAGUUUAACGGACACCAUUGACUUUAUGAAAUCCCAAAGGAAAAUAAUCCCCGUAGUGUUUACAUUGCAUAGCACAUGUGCACACGUGGACACAUUUUUUAAUGGAGAUGAAUCUUUUGAUCCUGGUUUUGGAUCCCCAAAGAUGGAGAAUGUUUCUUCUUAUAUAAUGUUUUUAUUAUUGUUGAAUUUCCAGUUAUUAAGGAAGGGUUGGUAUACUGACAAAAAGAAUCCAUCAGACGUUCUUACCCGUGCAUUUUCAAGAGGCUUUUAAUGCUUUUCGUGCCGUUUAGCUGUUUUCAGUUCAUGUUUAUUCACGUUUGCCUGAAAUAUAGGUACAUCUGCUUGCCUGAAGAAUGCCUCUCAGUGCAUUCCUUUUCGUUCACACGUCAGACAGAAGCUUUCAUUCGCUGGGACAUUUUCAGUAUCAACUAUUAAGGGAUCAUGUUGUAUUUUAGCAUUUUCAUUAGUUUUGCUGCAAAAAUCUACUGUGUCCUGUGUGCUGUGGCAUGCUGGAAAAGAAUGGCAUCAUGUAUCGUGUCUUAGCGAGCCCUAAGUUGCCUCCCACCGGCCUCCAUGCAGUUUUUAUCAAUGUCAAACCGUUUAUACCAAGUUAUCUGAGCCUGUAUUCAUUUCAAUGGACGGGUUGUUAAGGAAGUGAAAAUAACACAUUUCUAAGGGCUUUAUAUGCUUACUUUAUUUUUAUCAGUCAUAAUCAUUUAGUUUAGCUUCAUGGAUGCCUGCAACCUCAGUGUUGUCACUUUUGACCGUUGCAAUCACUGUUAGCAAUGAAAACAGAUGUGUAUAGUUUUAUGGGUUUAACCAUGAAUAUCAGCAACAGAAUGUACAUUUUGUAGAAACUUUAAUAUUUUAAGGAAAUCGUAUACACACGUUAGAAAUGUGAAGAGUCUGGACACGGUGAAUCUCUCCCAGUGGAUUCCAUUCUGCUUUUUUUUUAAUACUUACUGCAACGCUUUUAGUUGAAAUACUCAAUACUAGACUUUGCCUUGCUUUACCUAUAUGACAUUUCUCAGGUUUACGUGGUCUUUGUUAGUACAAGCUUUUGUAGCAUACUGUUUAUAAUAACACAUAACAGAAUUUUCCUGUUAUUCCCUCCUCUGAUAUAAAAGUACUUGUGCCAUAUGAUAUUCGACACAGGAUCGAAGUGCUGUCGAUUUCCCUCUUGCGUCUUCUUAAAGUACUUGAAAAAUACGUGUUGCAUAAAGUCACUUGUCUAUUAUGUCACAACAGAUAAACAAUCUGACCUGUGUUUAUGAUCUUGUGUAUUUUUUUAUAAACAAGACUACAGACAUGCAUGUGUUACAACAGAUUUUUUAAGUCUUUUGGGUUGAUUUUUUGUAAUCUUACCAGAAAAGUAACAUCACCAAACUUUGCUUUUGAGCUUAAUCUGAAAACAAAUUUUGACAGCCAUUCUGAAAACAUAUUCCAUAUUACCUCAGUACAUGUACAGAUUAAACUGUCAUCCAACAUGGUCAGUA